CUGACGUCAAAACCCCUCCCCAGCUGCUUUCCUCCCGCCAGCACCGGAGCCGCAUCCUUGCCGCCGCCGCCGCUGCCACCGCGGCCCCACGUGUGAGCUCCCGCAGCCCUUCUUUUGGCACCGGAUCCGACUCGACCAGCCCCGCCGCUAGGAUGGCAGGCACUACAGGAUCGCUGGAGGCGGUGAAGCGCAAGAUCCAGGCGCUGCAGCAAGAAGCCGACGACGCCGAGGACCGCGCCCAAGUCUUGCAACGCCAGCGCGAUCAGGAGCGGGAGCUGCGCGAUAAAGCCGAAGCAGAGGUGGCUGCUCUCAAUCGCCGGAUCCAGCUGGUGGAAGAAGAGUUGGAUCGCGCCCAGGAGCGCCUGGGCACAGCUGUGCAAAAACUGGAGGAGGCAGAGAAAGCAGCUGACGAGAGUGAGAGAGGUAUGAAGGUCAUUGAAAACAGAGCUAUGAAGGAUGAGGAGAAAAUGGAGAUUCAAGAGAUGCAGCUGAAGGAAGCCAAGCACAUUGCUGAAGAAGCUGACCGCAAAUAUGAGGAGGUUGCCCGUAAGCUUGUCAUUCUGGAGGGAGAACUGGAAAGAGCUGAAGAACGAGCUGAGGUGUCUGAACUGAAAUGCAGUGACCUGGAGGAAGAACUCAAGAAUGUCACCAACAACCUGAAGUCCCUUGAGGCUCAGUCAGAGAAGUAUUCUGAAAAAGAGGACAAGUAUGAAGAGGAAAUCAAACUUCUGACUGACAAGCUGAAGGAGGCUGAAACACGAGCUGAGUUUGCGGAGAGAACAGUUGCUAAACUGGAAAAGAGCAUUGAUGAUUUGGAAGAAAAAGUUGCCGUAGCGAAAGAAGAGAAUUUGACUCUGCACAGAACGCUGGAACAAACCCUCUGUGAACUGGGCAGCAUAUAAAAUCCGUGGGGAAAGCACCCAAACUUUGAAGGUCAAGAAAACCUCUGACAAGUCAUCAUGUUUGGAUUGGCGGCAGCUUUUUCUAAACCCACUUUUCUUUUCUUCCUUUCACAUUCUGCAAAGAGCAAAUAUGGGACCAAAUCUUUUUCUUCCCCACUUUGAAAUAUUAAGGCUUUAGGCACACACUUGAACGUAGGCUUCUGUACUUACCCUGUCCUAUAUGACAAGCACAUUGUGAAACUGGAAAAGUUGUCUUUUUAACCUUUUUUUAAAAAAUAUAUGUGGAUCCUUCUAAGGUGCUAGGCCCAUCCAGUACUGGAAAGACACAAUCCAUAUGUGUUCUGCAGAAAGCUGCUCUCUUUUUUUGCCAGUAAGUUGCUUUUCAUGGCGGUUUGCUGCCCAAAACACAUUUUGCCCAGUGCGUGCCUGUGUGUGUGUGUGUAUCUGGAUGAAUCCUCUGUGAUAAUGUCCUUGGUUUGUUUGAAGCAGUGCCAGAGAAUCUUUUUCUGCCUGAGAUUCCUGGGUGUUACUGUGAACAAGGGAAAUUUCCUUGCAAAACUGUAACAAAAGAUAAUAAAGUAGCCUGCACAUUCCUUAGGCAGUUCAAGGCUGGAAACACAUUUCUAUCAGUACAACUGGAAUAGAGGGGAGUUCUCUCCCCCACCCUACCUCCAAUUCUUGCAAAGGCCCUCCAAAUCUCCCCCAGACAGAUAGGGAACAGGGGCACAGUAAGGGGAAGGGCAGGGCUGGACUGUUUUCUUGGGCAAAUGGGGGUUAAUUAGCAUAGCACUGGAUUCCACAGUGGGUGCCUUAAUGAUAAAAGGCUGCAACUGUUCUAGUUUAGACCAAUGCUCCAAAUAAUGUCCUUUUUUGGUUCAUCUCCUUUUAAGAUUUCAGAUGCAAGGGGAGGGGGGAGCCUACAUUUUCCUGUUGGUCUUCUUUCUUGUGCUCUGAUAGGAAAAGAGUUGCUUGUGUUUUGUUUUUUUUUACUUCUGUAUUUAUUCAAUUUUACAAGGUGGGAAAAAAUUGCCCAAACCAAUCUGUAUUAAAACUUUCUGGCUCCUGUAAGAGAAUCCUGUAACAUGAUUUUUGAUCUAAUAAUAAUUUUUUUAAAAGUACA